AGAUCAUUUGUUACGUCAUAACCUGCUUUAGGUAGGCAUCCGAAAGUUAAAAUGUUUAAAAAAUGUAUUUUAACAUUUUUGAUUUGUUUAUUGGGCGUCGAUGCGCAACAGCAGGUCGGCUUGCGAGCGACACCCAACGGAGGGGUAUGGACAGCAACAAUGAAUGACGUCAUCACGUGGAUAAAACUCGGCAAAACUUCGUUUGAGUUUAAUGUGACGGGUCCCGCUACUGGAUAUGUUGCCAUGGCGAUAUCACGUGAUAAACUGAUGGGUCCAGAUGAUGACGUUUAUCUCUGUGGACGAACUGCUCCCACCAGCGCCACCCUGCGGACACGAACAGGUUACUUAAAUGCAAGGGGGCCACCAGUGUUAACUGCGGACAUUCAAAGCAACGUGGCUUUAGUAGCAAACAGGCUGACAUGUCAGUUUGUGCGUCAUAACAACGUCACUAAGUACAUUAACAACGUCACAACAACAUGGGAUUUGAAUAAAAACAAGUUUUACCUGUUGUAUGCUGCUGGUGAGGUUAAUACAGCGGGUGAACCAAGCUAUCACGAUGAGCAUAGGUUUGCCUCGAGUUAUCUUAUUGACUUCGUGAAUGGGACUGUUGAUGCCACAACAACAGCUGUUACCGCCCCCAACAAUAUGAUGACGACAUCAUCUACGUCAUCAGCUGUCGCCAUCAGCAUUGUUUGUUACGUCAUGCCAUUCAUACUAAUGAAUAUGAUGUAACAGGGCUACAAUUUACAUCAUAAUAAUUGCUUAUUGUUAAAUAUGUCUGUUCAUUACGAACACUUAAUCAAUAUUGUUUGAAAAGAAACUGUGGGGUAAGAUGGAUACCGUUAGUCGGUUAGCGCAUAAUAUCCCAUAUUUCUCAACUCUGUUUACGUUAUAUAUUUCUGUAAAUAUUUUUUUGGUUUCUACCAAAUUGGACGAUAAAAUAGAAUGAAAACCUGAACCAUCUUACCCCAACUACUAAACAGCUUGUAACUGGUGUACUACUAAGAAAGGAUAAUAAAAAACAUUUAAUUAAACACAAAACCUUUAUAACUAUGUAGUCAC